AUGUACGCGUCAUCGUCUGCCGACAAGUACGGCACCGGCAGGACCGCGACCGCCAAGACGUACCAUCACCAUCACCUCCAUCACCUGCACCACCACCACGUCGGCACGUCGUCGUCGUAUGCGUUGUCGUCCGAGCUGAGCGCCGACCGGCGGUCCAGGGCAUACAGUAGCGCGCCCAGACAGGUGACGCCGGUCCGGUCAACCGCGGCCGCGUCGUCCCGGUUGACGGACAUCAACGGCAACAUCCGGUCACUGAGCCUGAGCAAGAGCCUGUCGCCGGCGUCGUCGUACUCUGCGGCCAACGGAGGUGGAUCGGCGACACUAGGUUCUGGUCGUGGAGAAUUCGGUGGGAAGACCGCUGGUUCAGCCACACUGCUGCAGCUAGGCAACGACAAUAAACGGUAUGAUGCAACGAAAAAACGUUUGGACGCGUUCUACAACAGCAGAUCGCCGUCGUCGUUGCUAAACAAAUCAUACAAUUACAAAGCUGGCAACUUGUCCUACUUCGAAAAGUACAACAAACAGCAGCAGCAAGACUCUCCUCCACCCAACGAACCAUUACAGCAAUCCAGAUAUGUCAACAUGAACAGAACAAAUUACGGCGCCAUCACGGACAACGGAGCGCUGCACCCGGAAUCGUCUUCGUCGGCGUACAGGUCGGUGUCCGAUUCGAAAAAGGGGGUGGUCGGCAUCCGAAACAUAGGAAACACGUGCUAUAUGAACUCUGUGCUGCAGUGCCUGAGCAACACCAAGAGCCUGACGGACAGCGUACUGGACGACGUGGACGGGGCCGACGGCAAGUUGAUCCGGGUGUACCGAGACCUCUUGUCCCGAAUCUGGACCUCCGCUGACAGCCAUCCGGUGGACACCACCGCUUUUAAGUCGGCAUUCCAGCGGCUGUCCCCCCGGUUUGCCGGCUACGAGCAGCAAGAUGCCCAGGAGUUCCUGCGACUGUUGCUGGACCGACUGCAUAUGGACGUUAACAGGGUGAAGGUCAAGCCCCGGGCCAUGCCGGACGUGGACGAAACGCUCAAGGACAACGCGCUGGCUGCUGAGUUCUGGCAGAGGUACCUGGUCACGGACAACAGUACCGUGGUCGACCUGUUCGCCGGACAGCUCAAGUCCACGCUUGAGUGUUCUUCGUGUGGCCACAAGAGUAUCACGUUUGAGGUGUUUUGGGAUGUGUCACUGCCACUGCCGUCCAGCGGCUCGACUAACAUAGUGUCCAUCAACGACCUGCUGCACAAUUUCACGCAGGAAGAGGUGUUGGACUUCCGCGAACGGCCUCGGUGCAGCGUUUGCAAGGUGGACAGGAAGAUGUUCAAAUCGUACCGGUUUCAACGAUUGCCCAGGUACCUAGUGCUGCACCUGAAGCGUUUCCAGGGAACGCAGUCAUACAAGAAGAUCACGUCGCUGGUGGCGUUUCCGUCCGUGUCUCUGGACAUGAGCCCAUACGUGUCCGGCACAGCCCGGAGCAUACAGCCGCACGCCUGCAAGUACAACCUAUAUGCGGUGUCCAACCACACGGGCACGCCGAUCGCCGGACACUAUACCGCCAUGUGCAAGCACCCAGUCACCGGCGACUGGAACUUCUUUAACGACAGCUCCGUUUCACGGAUAACGUCGUCCGCGAAACUCAUAAGCAACGAGGCGUAUAUACUGUUUUACGAGGCCGCGAAUUAUUAA